AUGAGUCCAUCAUCAUGCUGGCUCAGUCUUGCCGGCCUAGCCCUCCUGGCUACCGGCAGCAAUGCACUACUCCCUAGCCGUGCUGAUAUCGAGACCACCUUGCAGAGUCGGCUUUCCGAGGGCGCAGAAAUCUACUUCCCUGACGAAGAGGUCUUUGAGCUAGCGACGGAGAGAUGGUCGUACUAUCACCCACCAAACUUCACUGUUGUUGUCGAGGUUGCUGAGGAAGAAGAUGUGGCUAUGGCUAUCAAAUACGCCAAUGCGAAUGAAAUUCCCUUCCUUGCGGUCAACGGUGGCCACGGCGCGAUCUCAUCCUUGUCGAGGCUUCAUCAAGGUAUGGAGAUUUGGAUGCACAAACUUAAUUCGUUUGAGAUCGCAGAAGAUGGUCAGACGGUCACGCUUGGAGGUGGCAUCAAGUCGUCGGAAUUGAUCCCAGCUCUCUUCAAGUAUGGAAAACACACUGUUCAUGGCGUUUGCGAGUGCGUUAGCUAUCUCGGACCAGUCCUAGGUGGUGGCCACGGUACGAUGCAAGGCAAGUACGGCAUGGGUGCCGACCAAAUCGUAUCCUUGCGACUUGCCACGGCAGAAGGUGAGAUCAUCACCGUCUCAGAAGAUGAAGGAGACGAGGAUCUGUGGUGGGCCAUGCGAGGCGCAGGCCACAACUUUGGAAUCGUAACCUCGGUCACUUCGAAGAUUUACGACGUUCCAGAGGGAGGCAAGUGGGCAUACGAGCAGCUCAUGUUCACCGGUGACCAGUCCGAGGAACUGUUUGAGAUCUUCAACGAGCUCGCUGAUAUCCAGCCGCCCGAAUUCUUCGUUUGGACAUACCUCGUCCGCAUUCCAGACAUGGAUCCUGAGAAUCCUAUUUACCUUGCCAACUUCAUGCGCGAAGGUCUUGACGAAAUCGAGCCCGAACUCAUUGACCCCUUCCGCGAGCUCUCGCAGGUUCCUGCACUUGCCAAAACCGUCGGCCUCUAUACCGACAUUCCAAGGUGGAUCAACACGGCCGUAGGCUCGAGAGGCUGCGCAGCUGAGGCCAACAAGGUGCGUUUCCCAAUCAGUUUCCCGCGCUACGAUCCCCGUGCGCAGAGGGAGUUAUUCGACGUCUUCGCAAACGGUACCGCAGAGGGUUCGCCUUUCAACACUUCUAUGGUCCUUCUUGAGCAGUACUCAGCGCAGGGCGUCGAGUCAAAGCCUGAGAACGCAACUGCGUACCCUCAUCGGUUCGACGACUUGCUGGUCUCUCCUGUCAUUGCCUACCUAUCUGACGGCGACGAGGAAGAGGAGGACGCCUUGGAGUUUGGUGAUGUGCUGCGAGACAUCCUUUUGGAAGCCACCGAUAACCCUACCGAAUUGCACGCAUAUGUCAACUAUGCUUCUGGAGAGGAGGGAGUCCGGGCGUGGUAUGGGUAUGAGCCGUGGAGACUUGAGAAGCUCCAAGAGGUGAAGAGACGCUACGAUCCCGAGGAGAGAUUCUCCUUCUAUGGACCGAUUCCCCUGACAGAAGAACUCACUGAGUAG